AUGGAGACGGAAAGCGAGCAAAACUCAAACUCUGCUAGUGGCAGCUCAAGCUCUGGAGGAAGCACUCGCCCUCAGAUCUCUCAGAUGACUCUAUAUGAGCGGCAGGCAGUGCAGGUGGGGGACCAUCUUUGUUCUUGGGGAAAAACUGCCCUGGAAGGUAUCAUCAUCAGAGUAGCAGCACAUCACUUUAAACUGCUGCUUAGCCAGUAGGUGCCCUGUUUAUGAGCACAGGGGAAAUUGCUCCAGAGGCUUAGCCAGUGCAGUGAACCUGUAGGAGACUAGCACUGAAUUGGUUAUGUUCCUCACAUAAGAGGAGAAGCAGACAGCCUUCUCUUCAGGAAACAAGAGGCCAGUCUUGAGAAGUGAAUACCUCUCCUUAUCUCAAGGGUGGUGAAUCUCCAAAUUACAGGCCUUAUUAUUUAUUCAAUUGCUGUUUUGCUCUUCUUCCUGAAGAUGCCCAGAGCAGGAAGCAGCAAAGCAGUUGUUAAUUUCAGCAUAGCUCCCAGUUUAGUCUGCAGGGCAGUAUCCCCCUAAGUACUCCCCACCAUACCUGAUGUCAGGUUUGGGGCAGGUAAGUAGGUAGCUCCAAAGGAGCUAUUGGGAGCAUCAAGUGAGGGUUUGCUUGAUUGGCACUGAUAGCAAGCCCCACUGGGAUCAGCUGCACUAAGGAGUUCUCCAUCAGGAAUUCCCUAAUGCCUUUGCAGGGUGUAUGUGUUGUUGUCAGUGCCUAUCCGUGUGUCCCUUUGAAGGUGUGCUUUAAGCAUCAGUGAUGCGAUUGGAACUGGCAGUGUGCCUUCAAGAGGGCUCGCUGCAAGCCCCACUUUGUCCAUUUGCACCUGAAAAUGGAUAUUUUCCCUCUGCAGACAGCUGCAGAGUUUGUACGUACAGUUUGAAUCCAAUCUGCCAGCAAAUGUACUUCAGAGGGGCUCAUUGUAACUGUCAAUCAGCUGAUCAGUCCCUUUGAAGUUGUCAAAGUUGGUCCCCAGGAGUGGGGUGGUAAGGAUCAAAUCCUUUGACCAGUUUCAGUUCUUCACUCCUUCCUUAUCCAAUGGCCUAGGAAAAUCAAUGUGAGGCAUCAAACAUGCCCCAUGCAUUGCUAGAUCCUGCUUAAUACCUAAUAGAUCUAAGGAUUAUUGUGUUCCUGGCCAUUCUAAUUAAGCUGGUGGAACCAUUUUUAGCCUAAUGUUCUGCUAUUCCACUAAUAAAUAUGUGGUGGUCCAGAUCUGCUGAUAGGGGGCUGUGAUUCUAUAUGUUUUCACUUAUUUUGUCCUGUGAGACCUCGGGCAUGUUAGGAUGUGUUCUGUUUUGUAUUCUGAAUUUUUAUUUUUUAAAUUUUUUUAUUACAGGCGCUUCAAGCACUGCAGAGGCAGCCCAAUGCAGCCCAGUAUUUCCACCAGUUUAUGCUCCAACAGCAGCUCAACAGUGCUCAGUUACACAGUCUGGCUGCAGUCCAGCAGGUGAGACAGACUGUUCAAAAGACAGGAGUUACCUAAAACAGGGAAGAGUGAAACACCUAGUUUGGAAUAAACAAAUGAGGUUUUGGAUGGAUAGGGCCCAAAGAGGGGAUCUCAAAGGAAGGGAAAAGAACGUUGUACUUUCACAGUAAUGGACUUAGUGGACACUAAUUGUUCUGCUCUGGAAAAAAAAAUGCUUAUUAACUCUUGCCUCUUUAAGAGCUUAUUGGUACAGGUUUUCCAGUACAGGCAACUCCCCAUUUGCGUGGGGAUUGCAUUCUGGGUCAUCCCAUGUGUUGGCGGAGCACAUGUAAGCCUGCCCUGCCCACUUCUGGGGCCAAAAAUGAUGUGUGUGCUUGUAGUCAUGUGUGCCUUGGUCAUGCACAGAAUGGUCAUUGCCUGUAUAUGAUUUUACAUGCAUUUUGAACUUUUCUAUCUACCAGCUAGUUCACUACAAGCUGUAGCACUCCAGGUUGGUUCUGGGACACAGUUGCAGUUAAAGACAAAACUUCGCUUUCACCCCUUACAUUUGGUGGCAUGGCUCUUGCUGGCAGAGAUCCUGCAGGAAGGUGCGGUGUGGAAAGGGAUGUACCUUCCUGCAGACCUUCCUUAUAAUUUACAAACUACCUUUCCAUUCAUACUCUACACAUGAGUCAUGAAGCAGGGCAUUUUGCUAACUUUUGUUAUUUGUUUCUGUUUGCCCCCCUCUGCCAUCCCCAGCUUAAAAACAAACAAACUUGAAUUUAAAAUAGUCCUCCUUUAGAUUAUCAGUUUCCUUUCCCUCCCUUUUAUAUAGUUAACUGUUCUGUUCCUGACAGGUAAAAGUUGGGAAGGUGAUAAUAAUUUAGAUGACGUGUGUUGAAAAUGAUGUUAAGUCUGUUCCACAUUUCCCUGAGAGGUUUUGAAACAACUUGACUUAGUGUUGUAGAUGUGAACCUGAGUAGGUGUUUUUCUAUGUCUGAUAAAUGCCUAUUCUGACAGAGCAGGUGUAGCUGUCAGUUGUAGCUUGUGAUGAAAAUACUUCCCUUCUGCCCAUGUAAAAGGUCUUGCCCAGCACCUGCCAUUGUCUUAGCAAUGGCUACAUUGCUUUCAAAAUGCUUUUAUAGCAGGUUAAAGGUCUUGUCUUGCACAUCACAAACUGUACUCCCAACUCCCUCACAUCUAGAAAUACCAACGAUUUGCUCAAAUCAUCUAAAUAAAUGGGAGCUUCAGCCUACACUGAUUCUUAAACAGAAUUAAGAUAUCUGGUUAUUUGUCUGAUUGAAGAGAGAGUAUGUAUUGAUGAUAGAUUAAUUCCUCACUUCUUUUGCGCUUUGUUGGGGAGCAUUGUAGAGGGGCAAGUUUAAUUACAUUGAAGGGUCGAGGUGGCUUACCAUUGGCCCUGCAGCUGCAGUACAAUUCCCAUAAGCUCCAAGCAAUAUGAGCAAUAACCAGAGAUGAUGGGAAUUGUAGUCCAGCAACAUAUAGAGAGGAAAAGGUUAGCCACCCCUGGUAUAGCAGCUGCAUUUCAACUAAGCUAGAGAAAUAAACACGAGGCAGAUGUUAAUGACCAUUUUGUUGUGUUUUACCUUUUGAGGACCAGAAAACAUGGGAAUAAUGGGGCCCUUGGCUAAAUCUUGGUUUUGGAAGAAUAUAUAAUGUUUCUUACAGGCUACAAUUGCAGCGAGCCGACAAGCAAGCUCUCCAAACACAAGCACUUCUCAACAGACAGCUACUACACAGGCUUCGGUAAGCAGCUAACUUGCCCUCAAAUGAUUGGGCAACCGAUGUCUGUUUUCUUGGAGAAUUAGUUGGCUAUGGAUGGGUAACUUCAAUGUUGAGAGAAUGUUUGCUAGUAUUGGUGGAGGAGAGUACAGUGGUACCUCUGGUUGCAAACGGGAGCCAUUCCGGAGGCCCGUUCGCAACCUUAAAAGAACACAACCUGUGUCUGCGCACACAUGGGUCGUGAUUUGCCGCUUCUGUGCAUGCGCGUAAUGUCAUUUUGCACGUCUGCGCAUACGCGAGUGGCGAAACCCGGAAGUAACCCUUUCCGGUACUUCUGGGACGCCGCAGGACGCAACCUGAAAACGCGCAACCAGCAGCAAACAUAACAUGAGGUAUGACUGUAGAUAGUAUUGUCAGUCAGGGUGGAAAAAGAGAAUGGGAGCUCCUUAUUUGCAAGUGAGAAGACUGAGCAGCAUCCCUAGAGGGGAUAUUCCUUCCUAAUGAUAACUGAAUAAAAGGGGAACAUUAGCAUCUACAGAAGAGGGCUGUGUCAAGCACUUGUCGCCUGUUGAUAAUAAAACUGCAUAUGCUGCUUUUAUUUAGUGCUUCUGGUGCAGAAAUCAUAAUCGAAUGGUCAUUGUUUGCAAGUCCAUUGUUAUGUUCUUCCAGUUGCUGAAGUUCUGAGAAUAAUUUGAGCAAAGAGGUUUUGGAAAGCAGCUGCUGCACUCCCCUCCCCUCCCCUGCUCCUUUUCACAUAGCCUGGUAGGGCUGCUGAAAAGAGUGGGUUGUGUUCCCCACACACUUUUCUUUCAGAUAAUUUCUGGGCUCUUAACAAGGUGAGUUUGGGAGGGGAGCAUGAAAGUGGCUGGUGGGCCUUGUUCCAGUCGUAUUGCUGGAGUUCAGCCACACUUUCUUUGAAAUUGUUUCUAGCUUAGAUUCUGUUAAUAUUACUUUUCAUCUACCCCCUCCCUCCACACCAACUUUUCACUUUACAGAUUAAUUUGGCUACCACAUCAGCUGCACAGUUAAUCAGCCGUUCGCAGAGUGUGAGUUCACCUAGUGCCACCACCUUGACACAAUCGGUGCUCCUUGGUAACACCACAUCACCACCUCUUAACCAGUCACAAGCUCAGAUGUACCUUCGGGUAAGAGUUGUACACGUGUUGCUUUCACCCAUCAUAAAUACCUCGCAGCCCUCUGAUGAAUCUCCAGCUUUCAUACAGUCUGCUAUUUUGUGCUCAGACAAAAGUUAGCAAUCUCUGUUCCCUUGAACAGUUGGUUGAUUCUCAAUUCAGCAGAUGUACUACAGGGACAGAGGAUAUUUAGUGUCAUUUGCAGUUUUAUUUUCCAUGAAUCUUAAAGACCCCAUGGCACUUGGUACGAUUUUAUGUAAUGCAUUACAAAACAGAUCUCUUUUAAAGCAGCCUUGAUAAAGUGCUCAUCUGAAAUACGACUCCAUUUCAUCCAUUUUAAAUACCCUGACUUUUAAUGCUUUCUCUUCUGUUCUUUAAAGAGUUUCCGGAAAGCCAUCUUCUUAAUUAGGCUAAAUGAGAAACACACUUCUUUGUACUCUCCCCUCCUCACAUUUCCAUCCUUGACCUUGGUUGCAUAUCUGUGAAAUAGCAAACUCCUUUUGAUCUGUUUGGCCUCAGAUUAUAUUUAGUUAUCUUGGUUACAGCUUUUCAGUAUGGAAAAAAAAAAGUUUUGCAGUUGAUCUAAGCUAGCAGGGGUCCCUCAUUCCCUUCACUCCACGCUUAACAUCUGCCACACAAACCUAUAGGUAACCUAUGCUGCUGGCCCAGUAUGGAGAGGUGGAGGUGGUUUGGCUUUUGGAAAUAAUAAACCUACUUUCCACCGCCUGCAAAGUGGCCAUGAUGGAGGAAAAUGCUGAGACAGAAUGGCUGUCUUAUCGGAGACCCUAGGCCCCAUGCACCGUGAUAACCUAUUUGCUUGUGGUUCGCUUUCUUUCCUCCUUUUUCUCCCUCCUGCUGUUCCCAUCUCCACACCACCUAACCCUCCCUCAACAGCCGCAGCUGGGGAACCUGUUGCAGGUGAACCGGACCUUGGGCCGCAAUGUACCUCUUACCUCCCAGCUCAUCCUGAUGCCUAACGGGGCCGUGGCUGCUGUUCAGCAGGAGGCACCACCCACUCAUUCUCCUGGGGUCCACACAGACACAGACCAGGUCAGUGACACCCUCUUCUGGGGUUCCCAUGACCAGCCUGGCCUGCCCCAGUCUCGGGUGUGUCCCUCUGGCUCAAACAUCCCAUGAGAAGAACAUCCCCAUUCCACUCAGUCCCUGCACACUUCAGCCAGUGGCCUUCCGGUUCUCAAAACCUGGGUUCAUGCUUGCAGAUGACUGAAGCUAGCUAGUCAGCUGCACUUUUUGCAUUGAUUGGUUAUCCCCCAUUGAUUGGUUAUGCCCUUGUAUUCUCAUCCUGAUGCGAAGAACAUGUGCUGUUUGCCGCUUGACAAGUACUCCAGAUUUAACAAUCAGACUUGAUGGGGCUCCAGAAACCUGAGGUGCCUGUUUCUGCAUGAUGAGGGUUUUUCCAGGUAAAGUGGGGGGAAGGGGAGGCCAACGACUAAUUUGACAAGACAGGAGAAACGACCUCUGUGGACCUUCAGUGUUGCUUAGGCUUUGACUGUGGCUUGCCGCUUGUUACAUAUCUUGCCUUCUCCUCCUCCUCCUCCUCCUCCUCCUUCUUCCUCCCCAGCAUUUCUUGGAGCCUUUAAAGACAUUUCGCAACUAACUUCUCUGCAUCUAUUUUCUAUCUCAAUUAGUGGUUUUUAGGUAAAAGUAAUCUUUUAUCCCAAAACUGCAUUAGGAGAAAGUGUAUCCAAACACAGGCAAUAAUAUAUGUUAGGCCCUAGUGUGCACCAAGCUGUGCACCAAGGGGUUGCAGAGAGAAAAGGUUCAGUUUCUUUUCUUUUAAUUUUUAUUUAUUUAUUUGAAAAUGUGUAUUUAAAUCUAGAUAGCUUACAAAAGAGAACCAUAAAACAAAUAUACAAGGUUCAGUUUGAGAGAGCAGCCUUUCAACACAAUGAGGGUGACUGCACAGGGUUGAGUUAAAUGGAUUGUCUUUAAGCUCCUUACAGAAAGUGCCAUGAGAUCUUUAAUUUUACUGAAAAUGAGGAAGAAACGAGCUGCGAUUUUAAAGGAUUGAUCCUUUUAAAAUAAUAAAAAGCUUGAUUCCUCACUCCCUGUAGUACCUUGUGACACUUAUUUUUGGGUACAAGACAAAGGGUGCAGCACCAAAAUAAAAGUGAAAAGAGCUUCCUAACAGCUGUUCAGCAUGGUCAGUUUUUACUGCUGGUUAAGCCAGAGUAGAUACCAGGGGUCCCUGCCUCUUGUAACCUGAAGCUAAUGAGUCAUUUAUUUCUCUCUCUCCCUCUUUUUCUUUUUCUAUCUCUCUCUCUGCAUUUUUUCCCAGGUGCAGAAUUUGGCUGUUAGAAGUCAGCAGACCUCAGCAGCUAAUGCACAGCUCCAGGCUUCUGCUCCAAAGGCUGUUUUAUCCGGGAAUUCCCAGUCUUCAGUACUACCCCAGGCCACCCAUGCUGGCCAGACCUUGACAGUGACUCAAGCCGCUUCUGGCAAUGUAGGCCAGUCACUUAAUCUCAGUCAAGGGGCAGCGGGAAGCAAUGGCAUCUCUGGGGUUGUGGCAUCUUCAGUGGGGAGCCACACUACUUCCGGGCUAAGCCAAGCAGCCUCAUCCGGCCCAGGGGGCAGCUGCCAGAGGAAGGGUACUGGUGUAGUUCAGCCUUUACCGGUGGCUUCUGCUGCCCAGGCAGUGACUGUGAGCCAGGGAAGUCAGACGGAAGGAGAAAAUGCAGCAGCAAAGAAGGCUGAAGCAGAUGGUAAUGGUCAACAGACUGUAGGCAUGAACUUGACCAGGACAGCAACACCAGCCCCAAGCCAGACCUUGAUCAGUUCUGGUAGGUGACAGUUCAUGCUUUCCUUACUGGUGACCCUUCCAGUGACUUGACUGAUACCUUUAUCCAUGUACCCCUUAACCAGGCUCACCAUCUUCACAAUUGUACAGCCCCUUGCUGGAUGGCUCAGGGCAGAUUGGCUGCAAUCUAUUUUAGCCCAUUGCUUGCUUCUUGUUGGGCAGUUGGCUUGGAGUCGAUGUGCCCUGGAGAGUGUACUCUCACUCACUUCCUUCAUUUUGCGCUGAUGGCUUAUUACUGAGAUGUGAAGCAUAUAAAGCUGCCUUCUGCUUGUCCUUCUAGUCUGUAUUGGUGGGGACACCAGCCCUUUUGGGCUUCUGGGCAUAUUUCCAGAGAAACUGUCAUGGGCACCACACAUGCCUCACAACAGUGUGCCUCCUCCCAAACCCCUAGGCACCAGUUGGCUUUGAAAAAAAGUUUUGUUUUCUUCUUUCCCCAUCAAAUCCAGUUGCAGAGGGAGAGGAGUAAGUGUCAAUGAAGACCUCUUUGGGUGCCUGCAGGUGCCACUUUUGUGAUGCAUGCAGUAGCUUCAAGGUCUUGGGCAGAGGUCCUGUUCAGCUCUACUACAUUAGUUCCUUUUCUGGAAAUGCCAGAGUUUGGGCUAGGGACUGCACUCUGCCACUGAGCAACCGUACCUCCCCACUCUUAAGUGUAUUCAACUGCUUUUGCUCACCUCCUACCCUUGUGGCCUGGCCUUGCCCAAGAUUGCAGUUUUCUUGGGGUUGGUCUCUUUUGCCUAAAUUGCUUUAUAAAGCGGUGUGCACCCCGAUGGUGUGUCAUAAUACUGUGAGUUUUUUUAAUACUUUACAGCCACAUAUACCCAAAUCCAGCCUCACUCGCUGAUCCAGCAGCAACAACAGAUUCACCUCCAGAAGCAAGUGGUGAUCCAGCAGCAAAUCGCCAUCCAUCACCAGCAGCAGUUCCAGCACCGCCAGUCCCAGCUCUUGCACACUGCCACACACCUCCAGCUGGCGCAGCAGCAGCAACAGCAAGCUCCGCCCCUGGCCCAGCAGCAGCAGGGGCCAGCGCAGGCUCAGCAGCAGGCCCCACCCCUCCAGGGCCAACAGCAAGCCCAGACCCUUGUCGUCCAGCCCAUGCUGCAGUCACAACCUCAGCCGGUGCAGCUCCAGCAGGAGAACCUCUGCCAGGCAGCUACUAAGACGCCUGUCCCCAUUCAGUCGAAGCCCCCCAUAGCCCCCCUCAAGUCUCCGCAGCUCGGGGCCGCCAAAAUGUCGGCGUCUCAGCAGCCCCCGCCUCAUAUCCCAGUGCAGGUUGUUGGCAGCCGCCAGCAAGGUUCAGGCCAGGCUCAGGCACUGGGUCUUCCGCAGAUGAACACAGCAGUGCAGGCCCCCCGGGGCCUGCCAGCCGUAGUCCAGCCGGUGUCCCAGGCCCACACGGCAUCCUCAUUGUCCCAGACCUCUUCUGCCUCCUUUUCUACUUGUUCUCCUCCUCCUCUACAAGAAGCUCCUCCACUGCUCACUUCGGGGGUCAACGUGGCCCAAGUCCAGGGCACGACCCAGGUGAAGAAUACGGUUUCCUCUCCCGUCAUGGCUCAGGCACAAACAUCUGCCUACUACGUGCAGCCUGUCCAGUUACCUGUAAGUUACCUCACAAGUACAGUAGGAAUGUUGGGGGGGGGGGAGCAAAAUCCGCACUUGCUCACACAUGUGGCUUUGGGAUAUGACAUAGCCUUAGCUAUCCAGUAACUGAGAGUCACUCCCUUUACCAUGUACAGUCAGGCCUGCAAAGCAUAUGGUCUAUCUGCCAUGUUUGGUUGGUGGUCUGCUUGCUUGCUGUUUUACAAUCCUCUCGUAUUUGGUGACCUAGGAAAGCAGCUAAACAGGAAGGUUAUUUAGCUUUUUGUGUGCUGUUUUAUGUGACUGGUGGACUGCAUUUGUCUUAGUAUGUUGCCUAUUUCACAGUCUCCCUAGUAGCCUUGGUUACCAGGAACGGACUGUAGACUGUGGUGUCUGGGUAGCAUUUCCCAGUCUUUUUUUACAAGACAGUGGGUGAGCUGUGAAAUGCCGUCAUCUGGAUAGGGAUCUUUCGAAGGUGGUAAAGCAAUUGGGAAGGUUUUCUCAUGGCGCUUUUUGGGAGAUCAUAAUUUGUAGCUCACCCAGUGGUUCCAUCUAUUAUCAGGCCUUUCCCUCCAAUCCACAAAGUUACUGCACUCGAACAACACUGCAGCUCUUGUUUAAUUUAAUGAAGGCACUGUAGGAAAAUUUCCUGGUAGAUUGUGCCCACUGUGGUGCAGUUCCAUUUCCUAUUUUCUGCCUUCAGUCACUUGAAUUCUCAAAACUAUUACCAUGCUGUUCCAGACCUUCAGGAAUGGCUUUUGGGGGUGGGGGUGCAAGGAAAUGCAGCGUGAAGAAGAAGCAGAUCCCUGUGGUGUGAUGUCCACUUGCAUCUCUUUGCAUGCAGCCUAUGGAGGUUAGCAGCAUUUUGCUGCCUAUUUAGUGUCUGGGAUAGAAUUAUUUCCUUCCUUCUCUUGGAUCUGCAUGUCCCUUCCCAUCUUCCCACACAGAGCAAGCCACAGACUUCGGCAGUCAAGCGCAAAGCAGAAUCGGAAGAGGAGAGGGAUGACUCCAGUGCACCACCUUCUCUCCUGCCUGCUAAGUCGUCUCCUGUGGCAGAGAGUCCCAAAGCCACAGAAGAUAAGGGGGGCCUUGGAGGUGAAGGGAACAGGGGUAAGUUCUGCCUGCUCCCUGUAGAGCAGAUAAGUGGUUAGGCCUGGUGGCAGAUUCAGGGUGGAAUGUAUAAAUGAAUGCCCCUGUACACAGAGCGGAAUCUGGGUGAUGGUGUUUAACUUUAAAACACACACAUAAACCACAGGUGAAGCUUCUGAAUCUUGGGGGAAAUGAUUUGGAUCAGGACUUGUUUUAUGGCUUAACUUUCUUCCUUACACGGCUCACAAAUGCAGUCCUGGGAAUGCCUUUGGUCAACAUGUGAUCAUCUCGUGUAUUUGGCAUCCGUGACUUGAAGUUGACAAUGAGCAAGAGCUAUCCUGCCAUAGUGGACACCUGCAGCUUUCUCUGCCCAGCUCUGCAUGCCCUAUGCAAGCCAUACUGAUACAGUAACGCUUGCAGUCCACAGAUGUCGCAAACCAAACCAAUUCCGCCUAUUUUUUUAAUGUAUGCAAAUACAUAAUUUGCAAAUACAUAAUUUGCAUAGUUGCAUACAGAACUCAGAUGGGUCUAAUUUGUUAAUGCUGCUUCUGUUAUUUCAGAGAAAUCUGAGUCCCUCCCCAGUGCCUCCCCCAAUGCACCUCCAAGUGACUCCAGCUCUGUCACUCCUACAGCUGCUCCUAUGCCUACCUUAGCCAUGUUGUCACGCCAGACGGGAGAUUCCAAACCUCCGCAAGCCAUUGUCAAGCCUCAGAUUCUUACGCACAUCAUAGAGGGCUUUGUCAUUCAGGAAGGGGCAGAGCCUUUUCCGGUAAGAGGGUUCAGCCUGGGGUAUCUAGGGCAGGGACUGCUCUCUGCUUCUUUCUCUCUUUGUUCUGCCAGCAUGAUCCGUUUGCUAACUUGGCUUAUGUUAGCCAGGAAAGAAAUUCUACUAGUCCUGUAGUUGAAGCAUGCUUGGCAUCAGACAAUGAAACUCUUGCACAAAGUUGCUUUCUGACUCGGGUUUCCCCCUUCCACUGUCUUGAAUGCAGGUGAGCUGCUCUCAGCUCCUAAAAGAAUUUGAAAAGCCCCUUCAGGGAGGAGUUCCCGCUAGGCAAACUGAGAACCAGCCUAGCAACUCCCCAGGAGGGGAAAGCAUUGCUGCAGGUGAGUCCCCUCUAGGGACUGUAGUCAAUGAGAAGGAAUAGGGUGGGGUAUGGGUCUUUCAAGUUCUAUGUUCACAUUUUUCACCUUUGUCAAACCUGUAGGUUACUGAGAGCCAAGCCAAAUGCUUAGCUUUAAUUCCUCUUUCUUGAAAGGGUGCCCAGGGGAAAGGAGGAGUGGAGAUGCUGUAUUGGAUCACAUGGUUUAUACUAAAGCACUACCCAUUUUAUCUGUGGAAUAAGGAAGAGCACCACUUCACACUCUCAAAAUAAGCAUAGGGGAACAAGGGAUGUGCUUUUGUUACACACAGCUUUGCAGAGCUAAUGGCUAAUGGGGUUUCCAGUUCUUUCUCUCUGGGGAGUCUCCCAUACUUGGCUUUCAGCAGAGAGUAUAGCUUGCUAUCAAACAGACAAACUUAUGCUUGCAUUCUGAUGUUGCUAGUUAAUGAAGCUAGUUAUUUUACUAACUAUUAAGUGUCUGCUUCUCUUGCUUCCUCAGAGCAAGACAAGAAAGGGAAUCUGCUGAAAUGCGAGUUCUGCGGAAAAUACGGUCCAGCGAAUCAAUUUCGUGGUUCCAAAAGGUUCUGUUCUGUAACGUGUGCCAAGAGGUAAUGGCGCUUGGAAACUUCUCCUUGAAACUUGAUAAUGAUGGAGACAGGUGUGUUUCCCUGGGGAUACCAUUCCACAGGUGGGAGCCACCCCUGCAAAGUCAAGUAAUUUUAUUGUGGUCAAUGACCAGUAUCAGGAUAAAAUCACUGAAAAGGCCUGUUGCCACGUGGUUACCCUCUGAGUGCCUUUGAGUGAGCACUUGUAGAAGGGGCCCCAAUGGACUGCAGAGCCUGGGCUGGGAGAGGCACUUGUUGAGCUACUCUGGUCUUGAAGCUUUAUAGGUCAAAACCAGCACUUUGAAUAGAGACUGGAAACUAAUCAGUAGCUACUGCAGUUGGGCCAGAACCGAUGUAAUAUUUUCAAAUCUUCUGGUCCCGGUCUCACCCCCAAAUUCUACACCAGAAGUAUUUUCCAAAACAUCUUCAGAGUCAGCUGUGCUUGCAAAGCAUUGAAGUAUCCUAAACUAGAGGCUACCAGAGCAUAAACAACUGAAGGUUAUCCCUGUCCAGAUAGGGUUACAGUUGGGCCACCAGCCAAAGCUGAUGGAAGGCACUUUGUGCCACCAAGGCCACCAUAUAUCGCUCUUAAUUCUUCUCCUCUGUUAGAAGGAAGUCUUCAUCUCCUAGGAUCACUCCUCUAAUUGGACAGGACAGGGACAUUAUACAAAAGUAGUCUUGUGGUUCCUUGCCUCUCCCAGCCCCCUGGGGACUUAUCCCAUUAGUGGACAGAUGCCUCCUACCCUCUCAAGAGGAAGUACUUUUUUUUCAGUAAGUAAGGUAAAGGGACCCCUGACCAUUAGGUCCAGUCAUGGCCGACUCUGGUGUUGCGGCGCUCAUCUCGCUUUAUUGGCCAAGGGAGCCGGCGUACAGCUUCCUGGUCAUGUGGCCAGCAUGACUGAGCCGCUUCUGGUGAACCAGAGCAGCACACGGAAACGCCGUUUACCUUCCUGCUGGAGUGGUACCUAUUUAUCUACUUGCACUUUGUGCUUUCGAACUGCUAGGUUGGCAGGUGCAGGGACCGAGCAACGGGAGCUCACCCCGUCGUGGGGAUUUGAACCUUCCGACCUUCUGAUCGGCAAGUCCUAGGCUCUGUGGUUUAACCCACAUUGCCACCCGCAUCCGUUUCAAUAAGUACCCAUUCUGAAUAGCACCUAGAAUGUUUCAGGCACCUUUAUAAUGAAUUACUUCCCUGGAAAGCAAGUCUGAAAGUUGAGGUUAAACCUGUACAGACAGUCUUACCCUGGGUAUUAGGGUUGCUUUUCCCAUUGGAUUCCUCAAGCCCAGAUUUAGAGGGUAAUAAUUUAGAGGCUGUAUGUUGCUUCUACCUCCUGAUGGAAGGAUCUCAAUAAGCCUGGUUAGAUGGCUGAUGUGGAAACGACUCUUCAUGUAGGGCUUGAGCACUCCCAUACUCAAAACUGUUUUGCUGGAAAAGGACUAGCACGUUAGAAUUUUCAGCUUGCAGAGGAAUUCUCAAACGAGCCUUGCUUCAUUUAUUCUUCCUUCUUUCUUGUGCCAGGUACAAUGUGGGCUGCAGUCACCAACUUCGGCUUCAAAGGAAAAAAAUGAAGGAGCUCCAGGAAGCGAACUAUGCCCGACGACGACGGGGGCCUCGGCGCAGCAGCUCAGAGAUUGCCCGAGCCAAGAUACAGGGCAAGCGUCACCGGGUAAGGGUAUACUUCCAUCCCUCAUUCCUCCUUGCCUAGGACAGCAGAGUUUCACCUGCUCUGGUGCUGUGAGGGGCUUAUCUGGCAGGGACUGGAGGUCUUUUAAGUUUGUUGCUUAAAAUAUUUAUACCCUGCCGUUCUUGUAUAAAUAACGGCAUACAGCACUGUAAAAACAAGAAUAAAAGAAACGUCAAUUAAAGCCAUCAAUAAAAUAGUUCAAAGGGAGAUGAGGGCAAUAUUUGCUAAGGCCGUUGAAGUACUGGAAUUGUACUUAAGACCCCACAGAACCUGGCUAAAGCCUAGGGGAAAUAGGGAAAUAUUUCCAAAAGAUAGAGAUUAGAUUCUUGCCGCCUUUGAAGCUUUUGAGGCUCGUUUGAGGGAACAGUGGCCUAAUCUUCGAGCCUCCAGAAUUGUAGUUGUUGAGUAAAAGCACACCUUUAACUUGCUGAAGGAAUGUAUGGUCCUCUUUAAGCUCCUACACUAGAUGCCCAAGUGGCUGCGCUUGUCUCUGGUGUGGUUAUGUUUGUUGAAUAACAGAAAGGAGCUACGGACCCACAAAUUACACAAGACUUGUCUCCAGUCGUGUUGACCACAGACUCCCAACUCAAAUAAGGGCUAGAAAAUACUGCCUUUACAGCAUAUGCCAUCCUGACUGUUACACAGUUGUCUGUCUGUGGCGUAAGUUCCAAUAUUAAAGCCAAGCUUCUAUUUACAAACCCGGAACUGGAGACUUAAAACCCAUAUUAAAUCUGGCCAGCUUUGCCUUAUGGCACACUUGGGUUUAUAUGUACUCCACCAUGAGAAAAAUUCCCAGACAGGUGGAAACUCCGGUGAAGAGAAUUUUGAACUUCAGUGGAGGAGAGUGCACAUUUGUUACUUAAUUCAUAAUAAGUAAACUGCUGUUCUUUAAUGCCACCACUAGAGGUCAGGUGGGAUCUUCUGGAUAAGCCCCUCUGAUGCCCAGUCUUUCUGCUUAGAGACUACUGAGUUCUACACAUCCUUGGGUCAGAGAUCAAGGCCAGGUGUUUUUGUUUCUAUCCCUUAGUAAAUGAGGAACAUGGACAUGUUUUUAUGCUGGCCUUUGGCCAUAAUAAAGAUUCAUCUUCAUGUUAGGAAUCUUUUUUUUCCUUCUAAGACAUACCCUUUGAGGUGGAUUGUGUGCUUAUAAUGAAUUCUGACUCCAGUAAAAGAUCCAGGGAAGUUGCAUAGCAACAUCUAUCUCCUUGCAAAACAAAGGGGAUGGUCCCCUCCUUAUAUCUUUGCACAUCUUUCUCCUCUGUGCUUACUAGGCAGAUGGAAAUUUUCUGUGGACUCUUGUUAACAUGUUCAGUUACUGAACUUGGUCUCUGCUCCCUCAGUCCAUACACGUUCUCACGCUUCUUUCUUCUAGAUAGCUACUGAAUAAGCAAGAAGUUUCUACCUAUCAGCAGGUGCCUUGUAAACUAGGAUUGCGCUGUUUGUUCGUGGGAAUAUGGGUAGGAGCUGUAUAAAAAUAAGUAGGUUGAGCUGAUUUUAGAACAGUAGUCUAACCUGGAGAGGCUGGCCUGAGUUAACCCAGAUUUGUGCUGUUCUGUCCCUUGUGUUUUGUUUCUAAUCAAUCAUCUCUGAGAGUAUCCAAACAAUAUGUCACAUCUGAUUAAAGGUGUGAUCUGACGUAAGAAAACAUUAAUAUCCUAUGUCUGGUGUAUGCUUACGCAAAGACAUAGGAUAUUGCAUUUUCCGUACAUCAGAUGAGACCUUUAAUCCCUGGUGAUGUACUAUUUGGAUACUCUCAAAGAUGUCUAAUUAGAAACAAGCCACAAUGGACAUGCCAUCCUUAUGAAAAAGGAGGCACAGAAGAGCACCAAGCCAGGUAAAUGGUCAGUAUUGCCAAAUCUUGUUCACUGUACCAAAGUAUGUACAUUUUCAAUCUCUGAGAUGAAGCUAACAGUUAACAGGUAUUGAGCUCUAGAAUAUUUAGUAGCUUGGGCCCAGUAUGUACUUGAUGACUUCGUUCUCCCCACGUUCAUUACCAUGAUCAAUUAAGAGUGUCCAGUUAGGCAGACACUGUUUCUCUGAGUCUAAUUGCAGUGCAACUGCUCCCAAGAUACUUGCUAGGCAACAACUAAAGCAGUAAAGGGACUGUGUAGGAACCCAGAUCUUGUGCAUCAUCUUAGUUUUUUCAAUGACUUCCCCCCACCUAAGGAUUCCCCCCCCCUUUCUUUUAUUUCUGGUGCUUGUAUCUUUCAGGGCCAAGAAGACUCUAGUAGAGGAUCUGAUAACUCCAGUUAUGAUGAAGCAUUGUCCCCAACAUCUCCUGGACCCCUUUCAGUGAGGGCUAGUCAUGGAGAGCGAGACCUUGCCAGCUCCAACAUGUCUCAGCCUACCCCUGACCUCCAUGGCAUCAACCCAGUCUUCCUCUCUAGCAACCCCAGCCGCUGGAGUGUAGAGGAAGUGUAUGAGUUCAUUGCAUCUCUGCAAGGUGAGUCUGACACCACCAGAAGAGGAGUGAGAUUAGACGACAAGGUGCUUGGGUAUAACUGAGGUUUCAGUCUGUGGAACGGUAAUAUACAGUCGUACCUUGGCUCCCGAAUGAUUGAAACUCGGAAGCGAGUGUUCCAAUUUUUGAACAAUUUUCGGAAGCCAAACAUCCUGCAUGGCUUCCAGUUGGCUGCAAGAGCUUCCUGCAGCCAAUCAGAAGCCGCGCUUUGGUUUCUGAACGUUUUGGAAGUGAAAUGGACUUCCUGAACGGAUUCCAUUCGACUUCCAGGGUACCACUGUACUAUGAACACUAUUCUGUGUGCUCCAGGAAUUAUGAAGGUCAUGACGAUAGAUGACUUAUCUGUAUGUUAACAUAGCAUAAUCACUGAAAAUGUGAGCUGUAGCCUAGGAAAUUCCGUUUCAGCCAGCUUUCCUUCAGCAAGCCUUUAUUUUUUCGGUCACUCACCUCAGACCUGUUGUGAGAAUUAUUAAGAUUGCUAAGGGAUUUGAUACAAACAUCCUGUUCUUCAAAAUGACAUCAGCUGCUUGCCUCUUUGACAUCUCACAAGGUUUGGUGUUUUGUUUUUCCCCCUUCUUGAAUCCUAUAGGCUGCCAGGAGAUUGCGGAGGAGUUUCGGUCACAGGAGAUUGACGGUCAGGCUUUGCUCCUACUGAAGGAAGAGCACCUCAUGAGUGCCAUGAAUAUCAAGCUGGGUCCUGCCCUCAAGAUCUGUGCCAAGAUCAACAUCCUCAAAGAGACCUAG